CGGACCUCAGCAGACUGCAACCGCUUUACCGAGAGCUUCACCUACUCUAAAAGGAGCCUCUCACUCUUAGAGACUACCCGCAAACAAGUCAAGAGACAGACGACUGGGAGAGGGAAUAUCUCUAAGGACUCCUCUGAAGACAGACUUUAUCCACUUUUCACACAACUGGGAACAGGAUUCCUCUUGAGGACGCUGAAGAAAUUUAUCCAAGAUGCUGAUGCUUACUGUUGUCGUUACCUUCCUUGGGAGCCUUAACUUGGUCCUCUCCUCCACCACCUCCUCCACCUCCUCCUCCUCCUCCUGCCCCUCCGUGUGUGCGGAGUGUCCGCAGGAGAUGCCCAAGUGCGCACCCGGCGUGAGCGUCGCCCUGGACGGCUGCGGCUGCUGCAAAGUUUGCGCCAGGCAGCUGAACGAGGACUGCAGCCUGACGGAGCCUUGUGACCACACUAAAGGGCUGGAGUGUAACUUUGGGGCCAGCUUUGCUGCUGCUACUACUCGUGGCAUCUGCCGAGCCAAGUCAGAGGGCAGACCCUGCGAGUACAACAGCAGGAUCUACCAGAACGGAGAGAGCUUCCAGCCCAACUGUAAACACCAGUGCACAUGCAUCGACGGGGCGGUGGGAUGCGUGCCGCUGUGCCCCCAGGAGCUCUCCCUGCCCAACCUGGGCUGUGCCAACCCCAGAUUGGUCAAGGUGGCGGGCCAGUGCUGUGAAGAGUGGGUGUGCGACGAUGGCAAGCAGACGGACAUCCUGGAGAAGAUCUUUGGCAAAGAUGUGCUGACCGAUGACCUGGAGAGAGACCUCACCAACAGGAACGAGCUCAUCACUAUUGUCAAGGGAGGACUCAAGUCCCUAGCUGCAUUCAGAGCGCAGCCCGAGGUCCACAUGUUUGACAGCCAGAAGUGCAUCGUCCAAACCACGCCCUGGUCCCAGUGCUCCAAGAGCUGUGGAACAGGCAUCUCCACCCGAGUCACCAACAACAACAGCGAGUGCAAGCUGGUCAAAGAGACGCGGAUCUGUGAAGUGCGGCCAUGCACCCAGUCACCUUACUCCAGUCUGAAGAAGGGAAAGAAGUGCAGCAGAACCAAGAAGUCCAGCCAGCCGGUGAAGUUCACCUACGCCGGCUGCUCCAGCCUGAAGAAGUACAGGCCCAAGUACUGCGGCGCCUGCGUGGACGGCCGCUGCUGCAGCCCCCACGACACCAGAACCAUCCGCGUCAAGUUCCGCUGCGAGGACGGCGAGACCUUCAACAAGAACAUCAUGAUGAUCGAGUCCUGCAAGUGCACCUACACCUGUCCCCAUGCCAACGAAGCCUCCUACCCCUUCUACCGCCUCUCCAACGACAUCCACAAGUUCAGAGACUGAUUGGUGACGAACGUCCAACAACAAAAAAAACCCCUCAGCAAGACAAAGAGGUCAUCCGCAGUACUGGCAGCCAAUGGCGGCCCAGAUGAAACACAGGGGUGUAAAUAGACUACCGAUCAACUACCAGCUUCUUGUUGUAACUAGAUUCCCAAGGAAUUGUGGGCUUACAUCAUGAGGACUUAAUGAAGUGCACUGUUUGCUGUGACUACAUCAGCAUUCUUAUCUAUGAACUGCUUCAUAUUAAUGGAGCCUGUGAAGUAGCUUCGUUAUGGAGCAAGAUGUAAUUAAUAUUUGUACAUUUAUGUUAGUCGCUGAUAUCAAUUCACUGUGUAUAUUUUGAUCCUUUUCCAUCAGACAUGACACAGACUGUAGACUUGCGUGUGUAUAUGUAGAUAUGCACAUGCGCAACUUCAAUUAGCAUACCAUCCUGUAUCUUAAGAGCAAGACACCGAAAUGUAACCUCUGGACUUGUUUGACAAGCGUGGUGGUUUCAUUCCUUCCUGACGUGGGCAUUAUUGUUCAUGUUUUGUGGCAGCUAUUGAACUCCCUUGGUGAAAAAAAAAAAAAGAAAAGAAAAAAAAAAUACAAGACAAGACAAGACAAAGCGAAACAUGUCAAAGGAUGAAUGAAUGUUUUUAUUAUUGUUAUUAAUAUUAUUUAUCAAAAAAAUGUAGCUACUUUAUUUGGAUAUUAUGUGUCAUACUGGAAUAAAUUGUAAAAUGAUUUAAUUUUAUAUGCUCCAAAUAAAACUGAUUUAUUUAUGAAAGAUGA